AUGUUCUUCCCUAUCGAUGCUUAUGCACAGACGAUUCAAUUGAAUGUUAUCGGCUUCAACAAGACCAUGACGGUGUACGAUGGAGCUGAAUGCGAUCCAGGUUGGGAUGAGGUUCAACAGUACUGCAUUCGUUUCGUGGCACCACAAUACUCAUAUGGUGACGCCAAGCAAUUCUGCCACGACGCCGGCGGUAGUCUUAUCGAUGAUCUCAGCGAAACUAAACACAGUUACUUGAUAGGAGCUUCCGGCGGUUACGACUUUUGGCUUGGCCUGACUAACCCCGGUAACACUGGCUAUGUGUGGGACGGUCCGGAUGGUACACAUCCAUUGCCGCUAUCAAAUCCAACCUACUGGGUGGGUAAUCAGCAGCCUGCAUAUGACGCCAACCAGGAGUGCGUUUACUGGCAAGCUGCAGGAAAUAUGAACGGCAAUACAUGGGCCCCUCUUUCUUGCUCCACGAAGAAAUCAUUCGCCUGUCAAAAGCAUCGCUACGAUCCUGACCAUCGUCCGAAUUUCAUCGGAGAGCUCGAUCUCCCAGCUGGAAAAUGGUACGUGUCAGUGAACGUACCCCCGUCGAAUACAGUGCGGUCGUGUUUCGUGCAAGCUCGUGUUCAAAGCGAUCUGCAAAUCGUGCCUGGUUUCGUGACCACCGCUAUCGGCGACGAGCCUGAUAACGAUCCUGUCCAGGACUCUCCGAAUAAUCGCAUAAUCACCUACAUCCACAGUUUGGACAACGCUCAUCGUAGUCCCAUCCUCACACACGCUCUGCUCAAUGACGCUGCAAACGGAACAUUCUACAAUGCUAUGACAUACAGCGCACGUGCUCAGUGCUCAUAUCCAUGGCAGACUCAAUCGUUCAGCUGUCCAAAUUCGGACUCAGAUGACAAUGAAUUCACCAUCACGCACAUGGGCGAAGAUGAGUACGGUAAUCUGUUCCAAAGACAAUCACCUGCAAUGGUGGAGUGCGAUGGCAAGGUCUUUGUAUCUGCACCGAAGUACUGGACAGGAAAACAAUGUGAUAUACCGAUUUGUGUAAACGGCGGAACUCUGAGCCCAGAUUACAGGAGAUGUAUGUGCCCUGAGUUAUAUGCUGGUGAACACUGUGAAUUC